AAAAAGGCGAAGAAGGCGAGAAAGAAAAGGCAAACGGCUCCAUUUGUAAUCGUGAUCUGUGGGUAGUCUUUUACAACUGCCACCCAUUUCUUCUGCACAGAGGCCGCAGAGUUGCGCUAAAUAUUCUUUGUUUUUCCAGAUCAGAAGCUCUUUGUUGCUGUUAUUAUCAUUAUUCUUUUUCCCUCAGUACGUUAUUGUUCUUUGAUUCUUGGGUCUGGGGUUUUGAAAAUUAUUAUUGUGGGAAUCUAAAAUAUAGAGAAGGCGGAAAAGAGAAGAUAGAUCGGAGGACUGAACUGAAUCUGGAAAGUUUCGGUUUUUGCCUCCGGCUUUGGGUGCAUCGUAGUGUGGUGUGGGACGGGAUUUUGGGUCAAUUUCUCCAAUUUCGAUCCGGUUUAUUCAUCGCUAAGAGAGAGCAACGACUGGGUUUUGUGAGAUACUGAGAGACAGAACGAGAAAAAUGUGGUGGAUGAUGGGUGAGAACGGAGGCCAUUACUGUAACAAGAAAACCGAUGAUAUUUGCGGCGAUGUUUGUGGUCAGGAAUCAACUCGAUUUUUAAGCAUGUCGAGACUUCGCUGUGUUCUGCGUGGCUUGGACCUGAAAACCUUAAUAUUUCUUUUCGCAAUCGUUCCCACAUGCAUCUUUUUCAUCUAUUUGCAUGGGCAGAAGAUCUCGUACUUCCUGCGGCCACUAUGGGAAUCACCACCCAAACCAUUUCAUGUACUCCCUCACUAUUAUCAUGAGAAUGUGUCUAUGGAGAACCAGUGCAAACUUCAUGGUUGGGGAGUGCGUGAAUUCCCAAGGCGUGUUUUUGAUGCUGUGUUGUACAGUAAUGAGAAGGAAAUCCUUGAAGUACGAUGGAAAGAAUUGUAUCCCUAUGUGACACAAUUUGUUCUCCUUGAGUCAAAUUCAACAUUCACUGGAUUGCCAAAGCCUUUGUUUUUUGCUAGUCAUCGAGAUCAGUUCAAAUUUGCUGAGCCCCGACUGACUUAUGGGACCAUUGGGGGGAGAUUUAAGAAAGGAGAAAACCCAUUUAUCGAGGAGGCAUAUCAGCGAGUGGCAUUGGAUGUGCUUCUCAAAAAAGCAGGUAUUGAUGACGAUGACUUGUUGAUAAUGUCUGAUGUUGAUGAGAUCCCAAGCAGACACACUAUCAAUCUCUUGAGGUGGUGUGAUGAUAUACCUCCAAUCCUUCAUCUUCAGCUAAAGAACUAUCUUUACUCUUUUGAGUUCCAUGUGGAUGAUAACAGCUGGAGAGCUUCAGUCCACAGGUAUCAAAGGGGUAAGACAAGGUAUGCACAUUAUCGUCAGACAGAUGACAUCUUGGCAGAUGCAGGUUGGCAUUGUAGCUUUUGCUUCCGCCGGAUCAGUGAGUUUAUAUUUAAGAUGAAAGCAUACAGCCAUUACGAUAGAGUCAGGUUCUCCCACUAUUUGAACCCAGAAAGAGUCCAGGGAGUAAUCUGCAAGGGGGCUGAUUUAUUUGAUAUGCUUCCGGAGGGGUACACCUUUAAAGAUAUUAUAGGGAAAAUGGGACCCGUUCCUCAUUCCUUCUCAGCUGUUCAUCUUCCAUCAUAUCUUUUGGACAAUGCAGAAAAGUUUAAAUUUCUGUUGCCUGGGAAUUGCAAGAGAGAAAGUGGCUGAUCAUCUUCAACAUGUUAAGAUGUCUGUUAUUGUACAGGUUACUGGGACUUGCAGUUUGCAUGAUCUCUCUCAUGGAGGUUCUAAUUGAACAAUUAUUAACUGGUGCAUUACUGAUUCAGCCUUGCCAUUUGUCUGGCUAUAUUAUAUUAUUCUUUGGGAAAUGUUUGGGAGAGUAGACAAAUUCCGGGAUUCUUUGGGCAACAUUCUGUACAUAACUUUUUGUUCUCUUUUCUGGAGUUGAGAUUCAUUUAGGACAGAGGCCUACCCAUUUACUCAGUGCUGAGCUCGUUAUGAAACAGGGUGCUUGUGUUUUAUUUCGCAUUCAUAUGUCCUGAUUCCCCCACAUAGAAAAUAACUUGAGGGCAUGUACUGUUCCUAAUUUUUGGAAGUUUUGUUUAUGAGACAAACUUAUUCAUAUGCGUUCUUUAUAA